GGGGGCGGGGUGCAGCCAAUCCGCGCUGGCUGCGCGCGGCGCUCGGCGUCCGCCAUUUUGUGGGAGGGCGCUGGCGAAGGGCAGAGCGCGGCGGCGGGACGGCGGCGGCUGUGAGGACAAGCAGCCAUGGCUGGCCAUGACUCGGGAUCUCAACACCAGUUCACGGGAUUUCAGAAGUACUUCAAUUCCUACACCAUCACAGGCAGGAGGAAUUAUGUAAUAGCAACAUACACAGGUGUUGCAAUGCUCGUCUUGUAUUUCAAGCUUAGACCUAAAAAGAAAACUCCUGCUGUGGCAGAUAAGUAAAUGGUUGCUGGCAUGUCUGAACCUCCAAUCUGUGUCAGUGUAAUGGAAGCUGAUGACUAAUAAAAUAAUUACUUGUUUUAUUGGAAAUAUGAAGUGGUGCAAAAAAGCAGAAAUGUGGCACUCUUUUUUUUUUCCUCUGUCAUAAAUAGUUAUUUGUAGUGGAGAUGGA